GGCGGGCACCAUGAACCCCGCGCAGGGCACAGUGGGCAGCGACCCGGUCAUCCUGGCCACGGCCGGCUACGACCACACCGUGCGGUUCUGGCAGGCGCACAGCGGGAUCUGCACCCGGACGGUCCAGCACCAGGACUCGCAGGUGAACGCGCUGGAGAUCACGCCGGACCGCACCAUGGUCGCCGCCGCAGGUUACCAACACAUUCGCAUGUACGACUUGAAUUCCAACAACCCCAACCCCGUGAUCAACUACGACGGGGUGAGCAAGAACAUCACCUCUGUUGGGUUCCAUGAAGACGGCCGGUGGAUGUACACGGGGGGCGAAGACUGCAUGGCUCGCAUCUGGGACCUCCGGUCACGCAAUCUUCAGUGUCAGCGCAUUUUCCAGGUGAAUGCGCCCAUCAACUGUGUGUGCUUGCAUCCCAAUCAGGCUGAGCUUAUUGUCGGGGAUCAGAGCGGGGCUAUUCACAUCUGGGACCUGAAGACAGACCACAAUGAACAGCUCAUCCCCGAGCCGGAGGUCUCAGUCAAUGCAGUGCACAUUGAUCCGGAUGCCAGCUACAUGGCUGCAGUCAACAGCUCGGGCAACUGUUACGUGUGGAAUCUCACGGGUGGCAUUGGAGAUGAGGUGACCCAGCUCAUCCCCAAGACCAAGAUCCCUGCACACAACCGCUAUGCGCUCCAGUGCAAAUUCAGCCCAGACUCCACGCUUUUGGCCACUUGCUCUGCUGACCAGACGUGCAAAAUAUGGAGGACCUCCAACUUCUCGCUGAUGACGGAGCUGAGCAUCAAGAGCAACAACCCUGGGGAGACCUCCCGCGGUUGGAUGUGGGACUGUGCCUUUUCGGGGGAUUCCCAGUACAUUGUCACAGCCUCCUCAGACAACUUGGCCAGGCUCUGGUGUGUGGAGACGGGGGAGAUCAAGAGAGAAUACAGCGGGCAUCAGAAGGCGGUCGUCUGCCUGGCUUUCAACGACAGCGUCUUGGGCUGAGGAGCAAGGGACGGCACCUCUUUGCCAGCGGGGUCUGGCUUCUCGGCAGAAGAGAAUACUCCGGUUGGGCUCCGUCAGCCAUUCUUCUUUCCGCGGAGGGUGCGGAGUCCAGUCCAGCCAGACCGAGGCUGCGCUGACAGUCUCUGCCCUUUUGCUUAAUCGGCAGGUGGUGCAGGGCUGCGGCUGGCUUCCCUUGUCUUUCCCAUUUGAAACAUGUCCUUAAAACCAGGGUGGAGCUGGCAGAGAAGGCUUCGAAACAGGGCAACUGUGCCCUUUCCGUGGGCAGUGAUAGGUAUCCUCAUCUUGGCUGCCUCUAGGAAGAGCCACCUGCCCCCUGGUUCUGGGAUGAGCUGGUCUCUUUCCUUAGGCCCCUUUUUCCAGGUCCUGCUGCAGAUCCUACCCCCUGCCCUCCCAUCCCCCAGCCCAGCGGAGGCUGGCACCAACUCUUCUGAGAGUAAUUGUGGGCUCUACCUGCUAAAUUGGCCCAAGAAGGAGUCCGGCUGGCAGAGGGAGAAUGGCUGCCUCCAAACAGGGUGCCCAUCCCCUUGCAGGAGGGCCCGGCCUCACUCUGGCCCUCCCUUCCCCAGGCAACCCCGCGGGGCCAGCAGGCUUAGGAAAAAGAAGCAAAGAGGUUGGGAAACGGAUCCUCUUGGGCCAAACCUGCAGGGAAGCCUCGUCAGCAGAGGGCAGAAUUUUCCCUGUGGCCCAACAGGCGUGACUGCUAGUGCACAAACCAGAAGGUCCCAUAAACAAUGUUUUUUUUAAAAAAAGGCUUUCUUUCACAUAAUGCUUGUAUGGAUCUACCUUCACCAUGAAGCUAAUUCUCCCAGAGGCAAUCGUUUACACGGUACAGUUGAAAGUGACAGACUUUGUAAAUAUAUAUAUAUAAUGAUGAGCACAAGAUGA